AUGUCUGCACUAUCUGUGCUGGGCUUACGCAGGAAUAAUUUCCGUGGGAGUCUUCCAUAUUUAUUUAUGCAGAGCACUUCACAAUUGAAGACUAUCAUCUUGAAUGGUAAUCAAUUUGAAGGACCCGUUCCAGUCUCAUUGCUCAACUGUACUGGUUUAGAAGUACUUGAUAUGGGGAAUAACGCUAUAAAUGACGUGUUUCCAGCUUGGCUAGGAGCUCUUCCAGAGUUGCAGGGCCUUAUAUUAAGUGGCAACCUUGAAUUAUGUGGCCCUCCUUUGUCAAAGCAAUGUGGAACGAGUGAUCCAUCACAUGUUCCUCAGCCGUUGGAGUCGGAUGAAGAAGAUGAUUCAUAUUUUGCGAGUGGAUUUACAUGGGAAUUAGUGAUCAUAGGCUACAGUUGUGGACUUGUUGUUGGAAUUGUCAUGUGGAGCCUCAUGUUUAAAGCUCGUAAGCCAAAAUGGGUUGUGGAAUUUCUUGAAGGUGCUUUUCCCAAGAAAAUGAGAAGGGCACAUAAGAGAAGGCUGAGACGGCAGACUUAA